CCUCGGACUCCCACUAUAAAUACCAUAUAAGCACUCAACUGAACCUCUACUCCCUCAUACACAACCGCCUCCUCCUUUCUCUUCUCUUUAGGGUUGAAAAUGGCUCUGUUACUAGUCUCUUUUACACUUGCUCUCUCCCUCAUUUCCACCAGUCCUGCCUUUGCUGUUGCACCUAAGCCUUUUGAAGGACUCUUGGCCAAUGGAAAUUUCGAAGAACCACCAAAACCAAGCAGCCUCAAGAAAACAGUACUCAUAGGCAAAAAUGCACUGCCCAAAUGGGAAAUCAAUGGAUUUGUGGAGUACAUCUCCGGCGGGCCUCAACCAGGCGGCAUGUACUUUGCUGUAGCUCAUGGUGUCCAUGCAGUUAGGCUCGGCAAUGAGGCCUCGAUCUCUCAGACCAUAAAGGUCAAACCAGGAUCUCUAUAUGCCCUAACAUUCGGGGCAUCAAGAACUUGUGCACAGGAAGAGGUUUUGAGGGUAUCAGUGCCUCCUCAGGCAGGAGACCUUCCUUUGCAGACUCUAUACAGCAGUAAUGGAGGCGAUACUUAUGCUUGGGGAUUCAAAGCCACUUCUAACACAGUUAAAGUGACUUUCCACAAUCCUGGAAUUCAAGAAGACCCUGCUUGCGGUCCACUCUUGGAUGCAAUUGCUAUCAAGGAGCUCUUCCCUGUACUGCCCACCAGAGAUAAUCUGGUCAGAAAUCCUGGGUUUGAGGAGGCACCCCAUAGGUUAAUGAACUCUUCCCAUGGUGUACUCCUUCCUCCAAAACAACUAGAUGCAACCUCCCCACUUCCUGGCUGGAUCAUUGAGUCCCUCAAAGCCGUAAAGUUCAUUGAUGCCAAGCACUUUAAUGUCCCAUUUGGAAAGGGUGCGGUUGAGCUUGUUGCUGGGAGAGAGAGUGCCAUCGCCCAGGUUCUUAGAACAGUUCCCAACAAGCUCUACAGUCUCUCAUUCACUAUCGGUGACGCAAGGAACGGCUGCCAUGGAUCAAUGAUGGUCGAAGCAUUUGCAGGCAAGGAUACCUUGAAAGUUCCUUUCAACUCUCAAGGAAAAGGCGGUUUCAAGAAUGCUAGUUUCAAGUUCAAAGCAACUUCAUUCAGGACCAGAAUUACAUUCUUCAGUUCUUUCUACCACACCAGGACUGAUGACUAUGGUGCUCUUUGUGGACCCAUCCUAGAUGAAGUUAAGGUUUCUCCUAUUGCCUAGAUGCUAGCUUAAUUAGCUAUUGCCUAGAUGCUAGCUUAAUUAGCUAUAUCACCAUAAAACUUUUAUAUCCUUAAAGAGAUUGUGCAACGGAUCUCAUUCCUACGAGUUUUUUUUUGUAUAUUUGACCGUUGCUGAGGCAGAUGUUUUACCAUUAUAGUAGACUGGACAAGCCUACAGUCCGGUCUACAGUACUAUACUUUCUACCAGAGUUAUGUAUCCUUCUCACCUUUUAUUUUUAAGGUAAUGAUAUUAAUGCAGCAAAGUAUGAUUAGAGGAC